AUAUUGGGUGCUGAGAAGGUUUGCCUGCCUGCAGUUUCUCUCGCCGAGGCUCGACACUGACAGAGCGGCUCCAGUUCCUGUGCACUCUUGUUUUGAUGAUCCGUGGAGACGACACUCUGCUGCCUCACGACACCGCGGCCGUUACCGUCUCCAGCUCGACGUAUGCAUGGCAUAAGUCAUUUUACGCUCGUUGUGGAUCUUGCUCGGCGACGACGGGAGAUACGCUCCGUGUUUUCUCCCCCUUUUUUUGAGCCUCUCGGCGUGUGUUUUUUUUUUUUUUCUUUUUUCUUCUUCUCUUCGCGUGAAAACUGGACGCUCGCGGCUCUUUGACACGCCGUGUCUUUUUUGGUGGGGGGAAGAAAAUGUCAGAUGUUCGACUUUCAAACGGGAGCCCGACGCUGGAGCGGACGGAGCCGCGGGUGUCGGAUCACCCGAAGCCGUCCGCCUGCAAGAGCCUCUUCGGCUCCGUGGACCACGAAGAGUUAAAGAGGGAUUUAAAGGGACACUUGCGGGAGAUGGAGGACGCUGCCUCUGCCAAGUGGGGCUUCGACUUUGCCAAUCACACGCCGCUAGUGAACGGCAGUCUCCAGUGGGAAUUAGUGGACUGUAGGGACGUCCCGGAUUUUUACAAGCGGUCGCUGCGGAGGGAGAAGGGCGUCUGCUCCACUGGGAAUAACAAUGUGGAUCUAAAUGGGAAUCAUAGCUGUGUGGUGAUGGUGGCUCCGGCCGACGACAGCGACAGGUCAGACGGGCAGAUGGAGCAGUGCACCGGGCUGAGGAAAAGACCUGCGUGUCACGAUGGUUCGGCUCAAAGUAAGAGGUCACACACCAGCAGCAGCAGCAGCAACAGCAGCAGCAGCAACAACAGCAGCUCAGAUGAGCUUAGUUGUCCAAGUCUGAGCCACUCUGCAGAACACACACCCAGAAAGAGCAGUCCCAAAAGACUGACGUGAGGACAACACACAGGAGCCGAAAAUGUAUGUUUCCUCUUUGUGUGGGAAAACUCAGUGUUGGCUGAUUUUUGGAAGAGGAACUACACGGCAUCAGAAACAUAUCAACUCUCCAGGAGACGGGGAGGACGCUGUUGAAGCACUGAAUAGAAACACUAAAGUUGUGGCACUCAAAUAAAAGUUACUGCCUCUAAAAGCAGUCAAUGUAGCAGUGUGCAAUUAGGUUUGAUUUCCUUUUUUGCUCCUUUUUUUACUACCUGUGUGUAAAUAAAUAUAUAUUAUAUUAUAUUUCUCCAUAUGUAGCACAUAAGAUAAUGUUAUGAUUUGGAAAAACAAACAAACAAAUCCUUUAUGUAAAAAGGUGUGAAUUUUUGAUUUGACUUGAAGAAUUGUAGUGUAGUUUGAUACAUGUUUCCAAAAUGCUGUUUUUUUUCCCUUAUUUUAUCUUCUGAAAGGCAGUGUGACUUUUACACAGUCCCUAAUUUCAACAUUUAAGACAAAAAAAAUCCCGCGUUCUUACGGUUUCUUGACAGUGUAUUCUCACUCCGUCAUCUUCCUUUUUCUUACUCAGCAGUGAAGAAUGGUACAAAUGUAGCUCUUUUUCUUCCCUCCUUCCUUUGGUCAUUUCAGUGUCACAAAGUGCAGGUUCCUCCACAAGAUCUAUUUCCUCAGGAAAACAACACAGGAAAAAAAAAAAAAAAAAAAAAUCAUGUUUCUGUUUGAGUAAUUUAAAUAAAAUCCUAUUUAUUUUGUGAUUGGUGCCUUUAGCAUCAUUUGAAAUCUGGAAUUUUAUUAUAUAUAUAUUUUUUUCCCUAAAGUAGUCCUGCACUUCAACCGCGUUGUGAUGGUGUGUUUGUAUUCCUCUGGAGCUAUGAGGUACUUAGAUAUUGAAGGACAAAGACCGUACAAACUGCACAGGUUUCUUGACUGUAUUCCUAUUAUUUCAUCAGCCUUCAAAGGAGACUUUUUUUUUUUUUUUUUUUUUUAAGGGUUGAAUGUCCUACAAUACCAAAUACACGGUUGCUUUGCUAUGAUUGCCAACACUGCCUUUGCUUCUUAGUUGACUUCACAUUGUAUUACUUUGUGAUAACCUAGACUUAAUAUUCUGAUGUUUUUUUGUUUUUUUUUAUCAACAAUGUUGUUAGCCUGCUGAUGAUGCAAAUGUGAGCAUCUAAAAGCUUCCCUUUAUUCUCCUGAAGUGUGGGUUAUGUUCAAAGAUGGAGAGAGAGAAAAAAAAAAUGUCUCGUCUCAAGAAAUGCAGUCACCAUGCCUGUGUAUUUGUGUAAAUCUUUGCAAUGUAUCUUUUUGUACAUAAUUUUGUAAAAACACUGAGAAAUUAUACUAACUUAUUUAUGGCAAGUUUUUUUUAUGUAGAAUAAAAAUGGGUUUUUGAUUACAGUUAUCCAAAGUGGCAUUUACUUUAUUAUAAUUGUCUUAUUUUGUAAAAGCAUAUUUUUGGUAGAUUUUUUUUUUUUCCCUUCUAAGGUUGCAAACUGAGCCUGAUUAAAAUAUUUGAUGUGCAUUUUGUAAUGUGUGGUUAUAAAAUGUGUUGCAAUCAAUUAAAAGAGGAAAAUUAAAUCGG